AGUUACGUGUUGCAGUUAAUAUCUCUCGUCAAUAAAACGCUGAACGUCAAGGUGAACGCGUGCACAAAACUUGAGACACCUUAUGGCAUGGAACUAAGAUGGCGAUUGCCUGGUGCAAUGCAUUUUCACAUUCAUCUCAAAGAUAAUCAAAAGGUUAUUAGAAUGUUAGGGUUUGUAAUCCAAGUGAGAAUAUAUCAUAGAUAUCUUAUAUACACUAGAUAGUGCAUCUAAUUAUUCUGCGAUUCAAAAAUUGAAGCCGUGAUUGCAGUCUCAGGUCGUUCCCAUGAAAUGAGAUCAGAAGAUUCGUAUGUUUUCUAUUUCUUAAACAGGGAACUUAAACAUUAAGUUAACCCUAUUCCAAAUAUGUUUUUAAACUAUUCAAAUGAUGAAAAUUAUUGUUGUUUUUAAACGUUUAUUAGCAAGUGGGAACGACCAAUAUGGCCGCCAUCUAUUCAAAUGGGGGUAACCGCUGGAAUAUUCCUGGCUUCUAUUUUAAUAAAAGAGAUGCGCUAUCUAGUGUAUAUAAGAUAUCUAUGGAAUAUAUACAUGCAUUUUAAGACCUAACCAGGAACGACUGCGAAAAAUGCAGCACAAGGUCCUCUGGUAGGAAUUGAACCUACGGCCCUGGGAUUCCGAUGCAGCGCUCUAACCAAUUGAGCUACAGAGGCCAGCUGUUAAGCUGUAACCCUAAGUUCAUGUAUAUAUAGGUAAUCGGGUGUGCGGGUUGUGAUAACUGGUGAACUUCAAUGAUCUGGAUUAUUGCACUUCACUUGGUGGAAUUAAUAUUAGAAUGUUAGGGUUUGUAAUCCAAGUGAGAAUAUAUACAUUUUAAGACAUCCCGUCUAUAACCAGAAGGUAUCUGUGUAUUAUUCUACAAGUACAGAAAGGUUUUGUAUAGCUGGAAAUGUCCAGUGUGAAUUUUAAACAUUAUUUAGACCUAACCAAAACCAGAACGACCCGCGGCCCUGCGAUUCUGCUGCAGCGCUCCAGCCAACUGAGCUACAGAGAUCACUUGUCGAACUCCAAUCGCAAUACUCAUUAUAUAUUACGGUACCAAGCUUACAAACCUACUACACACGCAAAAGUCUCACAUCUUGUGGCAAGUCUGCCAACAAGUUGUGUACGCACUGCUUGUCCCAAGUUGUCAACAAGUUUGGAACAAGCUGUUAACAACUUGUAACAACCUUGUUGAUAUUAUCAGACUUGUUGCAAGGUUGUUCCAACAAGUCCGAUACAGUCAUGAUAUAACAAUGUUGUUACAACCUUGUGUCAUCAACCUUGUAACAUUCUUUUAUAUCAUGACUGUAUCAGACAUGUUAGAACAACUUUGCUACAAGUCUGAUAAUGCCAUCAAGCUUGUUACAAGUUGUUAACCCCUUGUUCCAAACUUGUUACAACAACUGGGAACAAGCAGUGCGAACACAACUUGUUGACAACUUGUGAACAGAUUUGUAACAAUUACUUGUUUGCAGAACUGUAACAACUUGUGCGUUUUUGCGUGUAUAGACGACUAGUAGCUAAACGUUUACAUUAACAUCCCGUCUAGUAUUACACAACAAUAUAUAAAUAUACAGCUAAUUCAAAAAUCUUAAACUUUAUAAACAUUGAGCACGCAAGGUAUAAUGGGUAACUUCCUAUUUAGAGGCUUAUUAAACUGACAUUUUAUUUUAUAUAUAUACCGUUACUAAGGGCCUGUUCAUAUGGGCAAAAGUUAUCCCGGUUAGCGAGAAAACUUUUCGACAAGUUUACAAGCGAGAUCUCGCCUUGGUAUGAAAACAAUAUGAAAAGUUACACUGCGUUUUUCAAUUCAAUUGAUGUUCAGUGCUACGUCACAGGCGGAAACUUUACCCGGUAAGCGGGAUAACGUUUCUCCAUAUGAACAGAACAAAAGUAUUUGGCUAGUCGAAACGUUUUCUCGUUAACUGGGAUAACUUUUUCCCAUAUGAACAGGCCCUAAUUGUAUCUUUGUAAUGCAGGUGAAGAACAAGAAACGCUGGAGUCAAGUUAUGUACAUGUCGUACGUUCUGGAUUUUAAAAUCAAACAAAUGGGAGGUAAAUCCACUCUUUAUCUAUACAAUUUCCAUCUAUAGGAACAACUUUCAGUCGAUAGAGGUGCAGGGGGUGUAUUGAGCGGGAGUAGUGUCUCAUGCAUUAAUUUUCUCAGACCUUUUUUGCGCAACCUUCUUGCAUACUACUAUAGCUAGAAAUAUUACCAAGAUAACUAAGUUUGGGAAAUAUUUCUCCAGUUCUUGAGGAAGACACGUACAUCCUGACGACAGAUGCCGACGUUCGGUUUGACGCAGAUUCUGUUGAAGCUCUUCUUGAUCGUUUGAUACGGGACCCUAAUGUCGGUGCUGUUUGUGGUCGGACACAUCCCUUGGGACAUGGACCACUGGUCUGGUACCAGAUGUUUGACUAUGCGAUUGGUCAUUGGUUUCAAAAGGUACGGACUCAAAUGCCAAAAUGACUUUUGGUAUGAGUGUAAUCUUUGGGUAAUUCUGAGAGAGAUCAAGAUAUCUCAAACUCAUUAAUAAUUCAUAAGUAAAUUAGCCAAACACAUUGCUUUAUUUUGCUCACUUGAUAAUACCAUAUGCAGCCCAGCAAAAUGUGUAAAAAUGCAUUAAACGCUUAAAAAUACGUAUACAGUUCGUCUCAAUUUGCUAUCAAGCGAUUUAUUUGUGUAGCUCAUUAUACAUGCAGAUUCCGAUGUUUACCUCAUUGUAUUUUCAUAUAGGAUAAUAUACUAUAUGAAAAUACAAUGACGUAAACAUCGGAAUCUGCAUGUAUAAUGAGCUACACAAAUAAAUCGCUUGAUAGCAAAUUGAGACGAACUUUAUACGUAUUUUUAAGCGUUUAAUGCAUUUGUACACAUUUUGCUGGGCUGCCUAUGAUAAUACUGGAUACCUGGUUAAGUGUCCAGGUGAUCUUGAUACGCGGAAAAGUACUGGCACUAGUUGUCAAAUAGAAAUCCAUUUUAUGAUUAAAACAACUGAACAUCUCCUGUAAUAUACUUUAUUUCGAUUCCAUAUUUUAGUCAGAGCUAUAGUUCUCCUAACCAAACAUAAUUACAAAAUUUCAACUAGUUUUAUAAAGAAUAACGAAAGAUAUAAUUGACUGAAACAUCAAAAUGGAUUUCUAUUCGGACAACCCUUUCUGAGCGCUGAUUGGCUAAAAUACGAACACGAGAUCACCUGGGUAUUGAUCCAGUCCUAGACCUAGGACUAGAUCAAAAUUAAUUCAGUCCUUGGUCUUUGACUGGAUCAAAAUUAAUUCAACUCACUUUAAGCACAGAAUACUACACAGAAGGCCGUCUCCAUUGUUUUUAACCGUAAGCUCUAUUCGUCAUGAUUCGUCACUCAGCAAGUACCGUAAGCAGAAGCAGUCACCCCCCUGGCCAUACGCCAUUUUUAGUAUUUCCAGGAGGGGGACUGCUUCUGUUUACGGUACUUGCUGAGUGACGAAUCAUGACGAAUAGAGCUUACGCUAAAAACAAUGGAGAUGGACUUCUGUGUAGUAUUCUGUGCUUUAAGUAGUGAUUUAUUCGUAUGACAUGUCAUUUCAAAUCUUUCAAUUCGGACUGGACUAUAGACUUCAAGUUUUCGCAUUUUGAUCCAUGGAUCAAAUUGCGCGGACUUGAAAUCUAAUCCAGUCCUUGUCCAGUCCUCGUAGUUGGAUUUGAAAGCUUGUUCAGUUGUGUAUGCGUGUGUAAGGUUUCUAUAUCUCUGGGCGAUACUAUCGAAAAAGUAUCGAAAUCAUCGAUACUUACAAAAGUAUCGAUACUUUCGAUACUCGAAAAAAGUAUCGGUAAUCUCCUAUAUCUAUGGGUAAUUCGAUACCACUUGAGCCUGCGAUUUUUUUGGUCAGUAUUCCUGACCAAUUGCGUAAUACUUCAUAAAGGCAGCAGACUGAAGGCAAAAAAUGUUGACAUGAUGCUGUUCUUUAACAAAAACAUGUAGCUAAUUAGCAAUAUAUUUAAGAAAAACAUUGAACACGUUGAUAUUGUACAUGUUUAGAUUUAAAAUCAUAAUUGCAAAUGUUAUGUUCGAUUAUUUGGCAAGUACUCCAGUUAGAGUAUUUUUUGACUUGUUUUAAAAGUUAUUUUAAUAAAUGGAAAAAAUUGAGAAUCGGUAUCGAUUUUGGUAUCGGUAUCGGCCAAAAUUCAUGGUAUCGGACUGGUAUCGUAUCGAACCCAAAAAAGCUGGUAUCGCCCAAUCUCACUUGGUUUGUUUUAUUUAAAGGUGGCGAAUCAUGUUUUGGGGUCUGUUCUCUGCUGUCCCGGAUGUUUCAGUGUUUACAGAGCAAAAGCAUUAAGAGAUGUGUUGGGAUUGUAUUCGACCACCGCUGAUCAUGCUGUGGACUUCCUUACUAAGGAUAUGGGUAAGAUCUCUACAGAUUUUGAUUGAUCAGUGUUUGGUUGGACUGGGGUACCAAAAUCCAUGUACCAUGCAGAGAAUAAACAGAAUAUUCGAAAACCAGGUCAAAAAUUUGUACAACCAAUCGAUGUAAAUAUUGAAAAGCUCCACUCGGCCGCGUAGACAAUUCCCAUUAUAGACUAAUUUUAAAACUAGACAAAGAGAUGCAAAUAAAUCACCACAGCUAGAAAGAGCAUACUAAAAUGAGUAAAAUUGCAAAGUUUGUUUGAGAAAUGUUGUAAAAUGCGGAAAAUAUAGCCUUGCAAAAUUUGUAUAGUUUUGUAUUGCGUGCGGAAGUUGCUACCAUUUUCGGCCCAAAUCUGGCAGCAAUUUCCGCACGCAAUACAAAAGUAUACAAAAUUUGCAAACUUUGCAAGGCUAUAUUUCUGCAUUUUAUAACAACAUUUCGCAAACAAACUUUGCAAUUUUACUCAUUUUAUUAUGCUCUUUCCGGGAAUAUACUCUUUUUUCCAAGAUAAAAAAUUAGUCUAUAAUGGGAAUUGCCUUGUUGUUAUAAUCCACACUGCUUUUGAGUUUUUCCUGGCUUUCUCUUGUAACAGUAUCACCGCAAUUUUUAUUACCGCCACUAGGUGAAGACCGCUGGCUUUGCACUCUGAUGGUUCAAGCUGGAUGGCGUCUGGAGUACUGCGCAGCCGCAGAAAACUUUACGUACUGCCCUGACAACUUUGACGAAUUCUAUAAACAACGUCGUAGAUGGAUCCCAUCAACCCUUGCGAACUUGGCUCUAUUGAUCAGUGAAUAUGAUAUGACAUGCAAGAACAACGAUUCCAUGUCAUUUAUGUUUAUAUUAUAUCAAGCCUCAAACGUGUUUUCAACUCUGAUUAG